AAUUCUUGGGCGGUAAAAGAGGAAUGCUUUUUUCUUUUCCCACCACGCAGUCACUAGUUGGGAAAGGUGGAUUGAAACGAUUACAUGCAGAGUUAUGGGAAUCAGAUCCCUGCUCAACGAUGAGACUGGAUGAAAGUGAUGGACACGCCUUCUUUCCCUACCUCCAAAACGAGUUACGAUUUGAUCAAAUCCGGUUGCUUCGCCCAGGCUGCCGAGGCGCGGUCUUUGACACUAUUGAAUUGCAAACAGUUCCCUUCCCUCAAGGGUAGCCCCCGCCCGAUGACCCGCACCACUCGUUGCUUAGUUCUGAAUAUUUAUCCUCUUUCUUUCUUUCUUUCUUUUUUUUUUUUUUUGCGCGUCUUUAACAAUAGUCUUUUUCUGUUGGGGCGACUCCCGAAAAGAGCCGGAAUUGGAACAGGGACAUUUAGAGAUUUAAUAGUUUCGAUUGUAACUUUUUCCGUCUUACCUCGCACACUCUUUCUCCACAAGAUCGGACUGCAUCUCGACGCGAAAAAGUUACAUGACUGCCUAUUUUGCACAUCGAUGAUGAUAAACACAGCAGGGAGUGGGGACCCUCCAUGUCGAGAACACGCCAUGUGAGCUAUCGCUUCGACGCGAGCCAAAGCGUACUCGUACAGAGGGCCAAGGGGAGAAGCCGAAUGGAGUUGCUCAUUCACAAGCACGAGUGAGACAUGCGGCCUCUAGCAUUGAAAUGUACAAUU